GGUGGAGUGCCACGGGCGGGCGGUGGAGGGAGGCGGGCGGCGGGCGGGGCUGGCCGCUUCGUGCAGGGCGCGGAGCUGGCGAAGGGCUGCUGAGACCCGGCUCCGCGCGCCCAGGGGCGGCUAAUGCCCCCCGCACUCCCCACUCCGCUGCCGCUGCCGGGCCGCAUCUGGACGGGUCGCCGCACGGCGGGGCCGACGCCGGGUGAGCAUAAGCCUGGAAGGUCACAAUGCUGCUCGGGGCGUCUCUCGUUGGAGUGUUGCUGUUCUCCAAGCUGGUGCUGAAACUGCCAUGGACGCAAGUGGGGUUCUCCCUGCUGCUUCUCUACCUGGGGUCGGGGGGCUGGCGCUUUGUCCGGAUCUUCAUCAAGACCAUCAGGCGCGAUGUCUUCGGCGGCCUGGUGCUCCUGACGGUGAAGGCAAAGGUCCAGCGGUACCUGCGGCAACGGCGGACGGUGCCCGUUUUGUUUGCCUCCACGGUGCAGCGCCACCCCGACAAGACAGCCCUGAUCUUUGAGGGCACAGACACCCACUGGACCUUCCGCCAGCUGGACGACUACUCGAACAGUGUGGCCAACUUCCUGCAGGCCCGGGGCCUGGCCUCCGGCGAUGUGGUGGCCCUCUUCAUGGAGAACCGCAACGAGUUCGUGGGCCUGUGGCUGGGCAUGGCCAAGGUCGGUGUGGAGGCGGCGCUGAUCAACACCAACCUCCGGCGGGACGCCCUGCGCCACUGCCUGACCACUUCCCGGGCCCGGGCCCUCAUCUUUGGCAGUGAGAUGGCACCAGCCGUCUGUGAGAUCCACGCCAGCCUGGACCCUGCGCUCAGUCUCUUCUGCUCCGGACCGUGGGAGCCCGGCUCGGCGCCUGCCAACGCAAAGCACCUGGACCCCUUGCUGGAGGAAGCCCCCAAGAACCUGCCCAGUCGCCCUGACAAGGGCUUCACAGAUAAGCUCUUCUACAUCUACACAUCAGGUACCACAGGGCUGCCGAAAGCCGCCAUCGUGGUGCACAGCAGGUAUUACCGCAUGGCUGCCCUGGUGUACUACGGAUUUCGCAUGCGGCCCGACGACAUUGUUUACGACUGCCUCCCGCUCUACCACUCGGCAGGAAACAUUGUGGGAAUCGGGCAGUGCCUGCUGCACGGCCUGACAGUGGUCAUCCGGAAGAAGUUCUCAGCCUCUCGCUUCUGGGAUGACUGUGUCAAGUACAACUGCACGAUCGUGCAGUACAUCGGGGAGCUGUGCCGCUACCUCCUGAACCAGCCGCCCCGGGAGGCGGAACGCCGGCACCGGGUGCGCAUGGCACUGGGCAACGGCCUCCGGCAGUCCAUCUGGACCGAGUUUGCUGGUCGUUUCAACAUCUCCCAGGUGGCUGAGUUCUACGGGGCCACUGAAUGCAACUGCAGCCUGGGCAACUUCGACAGCCAGGUAGGGGCCUGCGGCUUCAAUAGCCGCAUCCUGUCCUUCGUGUACCCGAUCCGGCUGGUACGUGUCAACGAGGACACCAUGGAGCUCAUCCGGGGGCCCGACGGCGUCUGCCUUCCCUGCCAGCCAGGGGAGCCCGGCCAGCUGGUGGGCCGCAUCAUUCAGCAGGACCCCCUGCGGCGCUUCGAUGGCUACCUCAACCAGGGUGCCAACAAUAAGAAGAUUGCCCAGGAUGUCUUUAGCAAGGGGGACCAGGCCUACCUCACCGGCGACGUGCUGGUGAUGGACGAGCUGGGCUACCUGUAUUUCCGAGACCGCACGGGGGACACGUUCCGCUGGAAAGGCGAGAACGUAUCCACCACGGAGGUGGAGGGCACACUUAGCCGCCUGCUGGACAUGGCCGACGUGGCGGUGUUUGGCGUGGAAGUGCCAGGAACUGAGGGCCGAGCUGGGAUGGCUGCUGUGGCCAACCCUUCUGGCAACUGUGACCUGGAGCGCUUUGCCCAGCUCCUGGAGAAGGAACUGCCCCUGUACGCCCGCCCCAUCUUCCUGCGCCUCCUGCCUGAGCUUCAUAAAACAGGGACGUUCAAGUUGCAGAAGACAGAGCUGCGGAAGGAGGGCUUCAACCCUGCGGUUGUGAAAGACCCACUGUUCUACAUGGACGCCCGGAAGGGCCGCUACGUCCCCCUGGACCAAGAGGCCUACACCCGCAUCCAGGCUGGCGAGGAAAAGCUGUGAUUCGCCCCGAUCCCUCUCAGGGCCAGCGGAUGCUGGAUCCAGAGCCCCAGCUCCCACCCCAGAAGGGUCCUGGGCAAUGCCAGACCAAAGCAAGCAGGGCCCAGCCCCUCAACUGUGAGGCGCUGACCCCCCUCCCUCUUCAAACUGCCAAGUGACUCACUGCCGCCACCCCCCUCCCCCAGCGGCUUUCUGUGAAAGCCUCAUGUCCACGUUUGUCUUCAAGGCCAGGCAGGUCCCCCGGCUGAGACUGACUGGGCCCCUGGGGAUGAUGUCUUGGGUUAGGUCGGGGGGCGGUGGAGGAUCCAAGCACUCCCCAGAGCAGGGGUGUUGUAGAUGGGGCUGGGGCAGACGCUGGCCCAGACUCGGGGAGCCAGCACAGUGGGCAGGGGCAGAGGUGGCCGUCUGUCAGCUAGUCAGAGAGGCUCCAGGCGCCAAAGCUGCUCUAACGUGACUUGGCUCUGCCCGCCUCUGGGAGGAUGGGAGAAGGGCCCCCACCUACAGCAGACCACCCAGAUGGGAUGGCCUCCCUCUCUCCUAUCCUCUCCCCAGGUGUCUGCCUGGCUGUCCCUCAGGCAGGGCCUUUCUGUCUUUGUGGGUCUGUCUGUCAUCUUCUCCAUCUCAGUCCUGACCUGCUUUGAGAGGACAGGUGGGGAGUACUCAGGGGCCAAUAAACUGCCUUGACCGCC